UUGGGCGGAGUCAGUAUAUAACCAGGAAGAGUGGAACGCUUGCGCAGUGUUUACACAUGUCUGCACUUUCACGUGGAGACUAUUUCCAUUUUUAAAAUGUCUUCAAAGAAAAAUAAAGGCAAAUCCAAGAAAUCCAGUGAUGGUGACAGUUCCGGGUUACUGAAGGAAAACUCCAGCGACUCUUCAAGUCUGCAAACACCCGGCCACGAAGGAGGAAGCUGCAGGAGUUCGAACAGCAACUCAUUCACUGUCAUUGAUUGUAUUGAGAAGGCUGAUGACAAAACACCCAAAUCCUGCAGAUCGUCUUUGGCUCAGCUGGGCCUAAAUUCAAUGAAGGCAGCCAAUGUAUGCAUUGGAAGACCAGUUCUACUGACAAGUCCAACUGGACAAGAGGUGUGUGUGGGUUGGCCUGCUGCCUCUUUUCCAGGAGGAAAAGUUGGUCUUCAGAAACACGCUCAAAUGAACCUGAGAGUAAAGUCAGGAGACAAGGUGACGCUGCAGCCAAUCAUUGGUCCGGUGCUUCAGGCUGAGGAACUGUUUUUAUUCAACAGGUCAAAAGAUGACACACUGGAGACAGAUGAGUUCAAAAACUUCCUUGUUAGAUCUUUGGCUGGCAACAUCAUUCUCCCAGGAAAUCUCCUCUCCCUCACCUAUUAUGGCCGCUCCUGCAGUCUGAGGGUGGAGGCUGUUAGAGGUGAGGAUGGCGUCACCCUCCAGAGACCAGCUCCUGCACCAGGACAAGCUCCUGAUACAGAGGAGUCCUCUAUGAUCACUUCUGUGCUGGACUCCACACCUGCUGACCUCUCCUUACAGCUCAGUUUACUCACAGUGGAGGACAGCAAUAAUGCAGAGGGGCCGCCAGGCACACCUGGAGAGCCUGGUCCCGCAGCCAGCACCCCACGCCGCCCAAUCCAGAUGUCCUCCCUCUCCUCACCUGCUCCAUCUCCUUUCAGUCCUGCCUACAACUCCCAGGAUCCUCCUCCUCCUGCAGCACCAACAGACGAUUCUGUCAGCCUAGAGAGCUCAGUAAUAUCCGAGAGCAGACAGAGAGAGAAGAUCCCCACAGCUCCAUCUGGUGGUGCUCUGAACACUGACACCUUCUACUGCCUCUCCACCUCCACUAAAGUCACUCUCAGACACAAAGCAGGGCGGGAGGAUCCAGAUGGUGAAGCCAAGAGCUCAAAGGUGACGUACAGCAUGAUUGGUGGUCUGAGCACACAGCUGGACGUCAUCAGAGAAACCAUCGAGCUUCCUCUCAAACACCCUGAGCUCUUCUCCAACUAUGGUAUCCCACCUCCCAGAGGCGUUCUCCUAUAUGGACCCCCAGGCACAGGCAAGACAAUGAUUGGACGAGCCAUAGCCAAUGAGGUGGGAGCUCACAUGACUGUCAUUAAUGGCCCUGAGAUUAUGAGCAAGUUCUAUGGUGAGACAGAAGCAAGACUGAGGCAGAUAUUUACUGAAGCAGCACAGAGGCAGCCGGCGAUCAUUUUUGUUGAUGAACUGGACGCUCUGUGCCCGAAGCGUGAGGGAGCUCAGAACGAGGUGGAGAAACGAGUCGUAGCUUCUCUCCUGACUCUGAUGGAUGGAAUCGGUUCAGAGGGUCACUCGGGUCAGCUGUUGGUUCUCGGGGCCACAAACAGACCCCACGCCCUCGACCCGGCCCUACGUCGACCAGGGCGCUUUGAUAAGGAGCUCGAGGUGGGAGUUCCUGCUGCAGCAGAGCGCGCAGACAUUUUUCAGAAGCAGCUGAAUUCUGUUCCCUGCAGCGCCACCUCUCAGGAGCUGAUGCAGUUAGCCGAUGCUGCUCAUGGCUAUGUGGGAGCCGACCUUGCAGCAGUUUGUAAAGAAGCAGGUUUGCAUGCUCUGAGGCGAGCGCUGGGAGCUGCUAACAGACCAUCAGACCAGCAGCUGAUGGGAACUGUAACUGUCACACUGCAGGACCUUCAGUGGGCCAUGUCUGUGGUGAAGCCCAGUGCCAUGAGGGAAGUGGCCAUAGAUGUUCCUAAGGUACGAUCACCUCACGUAGGUGGGAUGGAAGAGGUGAAGCUGAAGCUGAAGCAGGCCGUUGAGUGGCCACUGAGGCAUCCUGAGGCCUUUACUCGACUGGGCAUCCAACCACCUAAAGGGGUCCUGCUGUAUGGACCCCCCGGCUGCUCCAAGACCAUGAUAGCAAAGGCUCUGGCCAAUGAAAGUGGGCUCAACUUUCUGGCUAUCAAGGGUCCAGAAUUAUUGAGCAAGUACGUUGGAGAGUCAGAACGAGCUGUGAGAGAGGUGUUUCGGAAGGCGAGGGCCGUCUCUCCCUCCAUCGUCUUCUUUGACGAGAUCGACGCUCUGGCCAGUGAAAGAGGAAGCUCCUCUGGCUCUGGUGGUGUAGGAGACCGUGUCCUGGCUCAGCUCCUGACAGAGAUGGACGGCAUUGAGCAGCUCCGAGACGUCACAGUAUUGGCUGCCACUAACCGGCCCGACAUGAUCGAUAAGGCCCUGAUGCGUCCAGGUCGCCUUGACCGCAUCAUCUUUGUCCCUCUUCCAGAUGCUCCAACCAGAAAGGAAAUAUUUGCUCUUCAGUUCCGCAACAUGCCUGUCACCAGCAACGUGUCUCUAGAUGAAUUAGUCUCGAGGACAAAUAAAUAUUCUGGAGCAGAGAUAACAGCAGUAUGCAGAGAGGCUGCCCUUCUGGCCCUACAAGAGGACAUCAAAGCUGAGCACAUCCAGUCCAGACACUUUGAAAGUGCCCUGAACACUGUGAAGCCCAGGAUCCCCGACUCUCUCAUCCAGUCGUAUAUCAGCUAUCAGCAGCAGCACAGUGGCCUGUGCUUCUUCUGACCCUUCUUGGCUGGGGACACAUGAAAAACAUUAGGAAACUAUUUUGCUGCUGGAAAAAAAUGCGCUCAGUGGUUUUGAUUUUGAACUCAGAAAAAGUAAUUUUUCCAAACAGGUAUGUUCAAAUUUGAUAUUUUUCGGACACAAAACCCUCAUAAAAACAAUGUUGGUGUAUUUUGAUCCAUGAUUGAGUGCUAAAAAUGUGAAUGAAUUCAUUUGAGUGUUUUUAUUUUCAAACCUCUAAAUAAAAAAAUCUGUAAUAUUACAGUUAUUAGAUAUA